AUGAGAAGACCUUUGACAGCGAAUACAAUACUGUCAGCGCUGGUCGAUCAAGGUGUGGACGCGUCGUUUGUGAGGACAUUGGCCAAUUGCUACGAUCGAUGUACGACUAGGAUACAGCUUUUCCACCGCCCUCUCACCAUACCCAUUGGAAAGGGGGUACGACAAAGCGAUACUAUAUCGCCAAAGCUGUUCACGGCUGCAUUGCAAUGGAUAAUGAAAUCACUUUCCUGGGAAGAAAGGGGCAUACGUGUUGAUGGAAGAUUUCUUUCGAACCUUCGUUUUGCGGACGACAUCGUUCUCUUUUCGAGCAGUACCAGUGAAGCAGAAACGAUGCUCAACGAAUUGAACGAAGCAGGGAAGAGAAUAGGACUACGAAUAAACAGAAAGAAGACACAGUUCAUGAAGAACGCCCACUGCGAGGACGGAAGAGUACAACUUGAAGGCACCCAAAUCGUGGAAACUUCGUCAUACGUAUACCUCAGGCAUUCUAUGAACAUGGAAAACGACUUGAAGGAAGAACUGAAUAGAAGAAUGAGAGCAGCAUGGGCAGCAUUCGCAGCCGUCAGGGAAGCUACGGACCAACUGACGGACCAAGAUCUUCGUGCCCAUCUGUUCAGGGAAGAGAAUAGGACUACGAAUAAACAGAAAGAAGACACAGUUCAUGAAGAACGCCCACUGCGAGGACGGAAGAGUGCAACUUGA